UACAUUAUAUCAGCUGACUUCACAAAUCUACAUCACGUUGAGUGUGUUAUUCGCUCUGUUAAAAGCAUCAAUCAACGACGACAGACGAUUAAAAUCAUCUUGUUUAUUCUCCAUAUUCUUGAAGAGUGGUUCGUGGAGUUAUCACAGCGUAAGGCUAACUGUCACAGUUCAAAGAAUGGGACACAUAUUUUCUAAGAAGCCUACCAGUAAAGUGACGGAGCAAGAUAAGGCCGUACUGCAACUAAAAACAACAAGAGACAGGAUUCGACAGUAUCAGAAGCGUUCCGAAACCAAUCUUGAGAAGGAUAGACAGCUUGCAAAGCAGUUACUGCAAAAUGGAAAGAAAGAGAGAGCAAAGUUAUUGCUCAGAAAGAAGAAAUUCAUUGAAGAACAGCUUAAUAAAACAGAUGGAACCCUUGAAAAUAUUGAGAGGAUGAUACAAGACUUAGAAUUUGCUCAAAUAGAAAUGAAGGUGGUUGACAGCUUGAAGGUUGGCAAUGAAUCUCUGAAACAAAUUAAUCAGAUGUUGAAUAUAGAAGAUAUUGAGAGAAUUUUGGACGAAACUGAAGAGGCUGCUGAAAAACAGAGGGAGAUAUCAGCCUUGUUGGGUGGCGGAGCCUUAACUGAUGAAGAUGAGUCAGCAGUUGAAGAAGAACUUGAUGCCCUUAUUGCUGAUGCUGUUCAGAAACAGUUGCCAGAUGCUCCCACAGCAGCAGAUAAUCCAGAAGUGGAAUUGCCAGAUGUUCCAGAAACACUGCCAGCUGUUGAAGAGGAAAAGGAAAAAAGCAAAGAGAGAGUUGCAGUUGCAGCAUCGUAGUAAGAUAUAAUGAAUAAUAGCCUUUGAUUGAAUAUUGGUGGUGUCAUAUUAAGAAUUGUUGCCUUAGGUGGAAUGUGUAGCAUGAUCAAGUUUUUGUCAUUCAUUUGUCAAUUUGAAAAUUGUGUAAGCAUCUUAAUUGUGUAGCAUUAUGUAUUUCAUGCUAUAAUGAAGACUUGAACAUGUUGGUGAGCAUUCUUGAGCUAUUGUGCAUGUUGUGAUACAUUCUGAUCUAAAAGAUGGGCAUCAGUUUUAAAAGAAACUUACAACAUAGAGAUUCUAUUUUGUAUGCGAAAUCGAGUUAACUAGUUCAUUGAUGGCAGUGUAAUCCGUCUUUUCUAUUACAGCUCUUGUAAUAGGCUUGCUAUGCAUAAGUGGUUGGAAAAUUUUGAAAGUAAGCUUAAUAAUUAAAACAGUAUGCUAGUAUGGAAAUAGUCUGUUAAUGCUUGCUUUUAUAACUAAAGUGUCAGUUUUCAUACAUCUAACAACUGUUAGAGUGAAAAUUAUGUUAAUUGUAGUCAUUUUUUUCAUUUUUGUAGGUAUUGUAAGGAAAACAAAACUUAUCAUGGACUUUGCAGUGGUUUAGAAUUUGCAUAGCUAUAACAACUGAACAGUGGCUGUGACACUUACUACUUUGUUGAUAGCUUUCAUAAGUGGUAGCUAGAAGACACUUUGUUAAUGUCUUUCAUGGAGACAGGAGGUAAACAGACUUUUCAUAGGCUUAUGAUAUCAAGGUUUCAAAUACUUUUUCCAGUAUUACAAUUUUUAUUUAUUAAAAUCUUUACUCUUAGUUAUAUCUGCUGCUUUUAUUGCUGCGUUUAACAUUAUAUGAAAUUUAUCAUAGUAAGCCUAUUAUAAUGGUGUAAACAGUAGCUUUUAUUGAAUUUUUGGUACAACAAGAUAAAUGUACCUAGUAAAGAAAAAUUAAGGUUCCUUUUUAAGUUUAGAUAAGUAAUAAUGUGCUAUUUUCAUGUUUCAAAUAAAUUACUGAUGUGUCUUUUGAAUAAUUUGGCACCAUUGUACAGUUAUGCUUAGAACUGAUGCUACAUGACUGCAUAGGAUUUCGUUCAAAAUUCACUAACUGGCAGUCUAACACGCUCCAUAUUUAUCUAUUAUUUCAAUGCAAAAACACGAAUAUUGCAUACAAUAAGACCAUAACAUGUUCCAUAAGAGUGAAUUCUGUCAUAUAUUUCAAAACUUUAAGAAAAUGUCACAUGUAGCCAAAUUUGAGAAAAAAACAAUUAUGAAACUUUUCCAAAACUUUUGUUCACUCAUAGCUGAUGCAUUUGACCAAAGAGAAGUUGUCAUCAAACCUCAGUUUGGUUAAAUAAAA